CACUGGGGAUAUUUGAAAGGAGGGGCUGGCGCGGAAGACGAAGGUUACAUCUUGGAUCCUUGAGGAGUAUUCAACCCGGCGGCCCUCUGGCGCCAUGAGAAGCUUCAAAGGAGUCAACUUUGGAGCUCUGCUAAGCAGCCCGAAGGAGGCCAAAGAGCUGCUGCCUGACUUGAAGGAGUUCCUGUCCAAGGUUCCAGCUGGUUCUCCCAGCUGCCAAUCUGAUGCGGAGAGGAGACAAGCUUGUGAUGCCAUCCUGAGGGCUUGCAACCAGCAGCUGACUGGCAGGCUAGCUUGCCCCGAGCACCUGGGGAGCCUGCUGGAGCUGGCAGAGCUGGCUUGUGAUGGCUACUUGGAGUCCACCCCCCAGCGCCCACCCCUCUACCUGGAACGAAUUCUCUUCAUCUUUCUGCGGAACAUUGCUGCACAGGGAAUCCCAGAGGCCACACUGCAUCUCACUCAGCCCCUCCACGCCUGCUUGGUGCAGUGCUCUCGCCAAGCUGCUCCCCAGGACUACGAGGCUGUGGCUCAGGGCAGUUUUUCUCUGCUUUGGAAGGGGGCAGAAGCGCUGGUGGAGCGGCGAGCAGCAUUCUCAGCGCGUCUGAAGGCCUUGAGCUUUCUAGUACUCUUGGAGGAUGAAAGUACCCCGUGUGAAGUUCCCCACUUUGCUUCUCCAACAGCCUGUCGAGUGGUAGCUGCCCAUCAGCUAUUUGAUGCCAGUGGGCAUAGUCUGAGUGAAGCAGAUGCUGACUUCCUGGAUGACAUGCUCUCCAGGCAUGUGAUCAGAGCCUUGGUGGGUGAGGGAGGGGGCUCUCCUGGUCCUCUUUCUCCCCAGAGGGCCCUCUGUCUCUUGGAGCUCACCCUGGAACACUGUCGUCGCCUCUGCUGGAGCCGCCACCAUGCCAAGGCCACCAAGGCAGUGGAGAAGGCCCAUGGUUACCUAAGGAAUACCAGUCUGGCCCCCAGCCUCCAGCUGUGCCAGCUGGGAGUUGAGCUGCUGCAGGUCGGAGAAGGAGGACCCCAGGCAGUGGCCAAGCUUCUGAUCAAGGCAUCAGCUGUCCUGAACAGCAGUGUGGAGGCACCAUCACCCCCGCUGCGGGCAUUGUGUGACAGCUGCCAGUUCUUCCUCUCAGGCCUGGAGCGAGGCAUCAAGAGGCAUUAUGGACUUGAUGCUGUUCUGGGCCUCUUUGCUUUUCUUGGAGGGUACUGCUCUCUCAUCCGGCAGCUGCAAGGUGGUGUCUGCGGGGACUCCUCCAAGCAGCAGCAGUCUUUGGUUCAGAUGCACUUUCAGGGGCUUCACCUCUACACUGUGGUGGUUUAUGACUUUGCCCAAGGCUGUCAGGAGGCUGAUGUGGCCGACCUGGCCCAGCUAGUGGAAAGUUGCAAAUCUACUGUUGUCUGGAUGCUGGAGGCCUUACAGGGCCUGUCAGGCCGAGAGCUGACCGACUACCUGGGGAUGACUGCCUCUUACACCAGCAACUUGGCCUACAGCUUCUACAGUCACAAGCUCUAUGCUGAGGCCUGUGCCAUCUCCGAGCCCCUCUGUCAGCACCUGGGCUUGGUGAAGCCGGGCACCUAUCCCGAGGUGCCUCCUGAGAAGUUGCACAGGUGCUUCCGGCUGCAUGUAGAGAGUUUGAAGAAACUGGGUAAACAGGCCCAGGGCUGCAAGAUGGUGACUCUGUGGCUGGCAGCCCUGCAGCCCUGUGGCCCCGAACACAUGGCUGAGCCAGUCACCUUCUGGGUCCGGGUCAAGAUGGAUGCAGCCAAAGCUGGAGACAAGGAGCUACAGCUGCGGACUCUGCGAGACAGCCUGAGCGGCUGGGACCCGGAGACCCUGGCCCUCCUGCUCAGGGAGGAGCUGCAGGCCUACAAGGCAGUGCGGGCCAACACGGGGCAGGAACGGUUCAACGUCAUCUGUGACCUGCUGGAGCUGAGCCCCGAGGAGACACCGGCUGGGGCCUGGGCUCGAGCCACCCACCUGGUGGAACUGGCUCAGGUGCUCUGCUACCACGACUUUGCCCAGCAGACCGACUGCUCUGCCCUAGAUGCUAUCCGGGAAGCCCUGCAGCUUCUGGAGUCUGUGAGGCCCGAGGCCCAGGCUGAGGAUCAGCUUCUGGAUGAUAAAGCACAGGCCCUGCUGUGGCUCUACAUCUGUACCCUGGAGGCCAAAAUGCGGGAAGGUAUUGAGCGGGAUCGGAGAGCCCAGGCCCCUAGUAACCUGGAGGAGUUUGAAGUCAAUGACCUGAACUACGAAGAUAAACUCCAGGAAGAUCGCUUCCUAUACAGUAACAUUGCCUUCAAUCUGGCUGCAGAUGCUGCUCAGUCCAAAUGCCUGGACCAAGCUCUGGCCCUGUGGAAGGAGGUCCUUACAAGGAGGCAGGCCCCCGCUGUGCGGUGUCUCCAGCAGACAGCAGCCUCACUGCAGAUCCUAGCAGCCCUCUAUCAGCUGGUGGCAAAGCCUCUGCAGGCUCUGGAGGUCCUCCUGCUUGUACGGAUUGUCUCCCAGAGACUGGAGGACCAUGCGAAAGCAGCUGGCUCCUCCUGCCACAUCACUCAGCUCCUCCUGACCCUCGGCUGUCCCAGCUAUGCCCAGUUACACCUGGAAGAGGCAGAAUCAAGUCUGAAGCUUCUGGAUCACACCACUGAUGCGUACCAGCUCCUUUCCCUGACCCGAGACCUACUGCAAAGUCAACUCUGCUGUGCUCAGCAGAAGGUGACUGAGGGCGCCUCUCUGUUGCUGUCUGUGCUUCGGGACCCCGCCCUCCAGAGAUCAUCCAAGGCUUGGUACUUGUUGCGUGUCCAGUCCCUGCAGCUGGUAGCAGUCUACCUUAGCCUCCCAUCAGACAGCCUCUCCACCUCCCUGUGGGAGCAGCUCUGUGCCCAAGGCUGGCAGACACCUGAGAUAGCACUCAUCGACUCCCAUAAGCUCCUCCGAAGCAUUAUCCUGCUCAUGGGCAGCGAUGUGCUCUCCACUCAGAAAGCAGCAGUGCAGAUGCCGUUUCUAGACUAUGGUGAAAAUCUGGUACAAAAAUGGCAGGUUCUUACAGAGGUGCUGAGCUGCUCAGCGAAGCUGGUCUCCCGCUUGGGCCGCCUGGGCUGUGUGAGCGAAGCCAAGGCCUUUUGCUUGGAGGCCCUGAAACUUACGACGAAGCUACAGAUACCGUGCCAGUGUGCCCUGUUCCUGGUGCUGAAGGGGGAGCUGGAGCUGGCACGCAGUGACGCUGACCUCUGUCAGUCGGACCUGCAGCAGGUACUCUUCUUGCUGGAGUCUUGCACAGAAUUUGGUGGACUAGCCCAGCACCCAGACUCUGUGAAGAAGGUCCUCCCACAAAAGGGGAGGCAACAGGCCCGAGUCCCCUGUCCUCCGGACCUCCCAGAGGAGGAGCCCUUCCUAAGAGGCCCUGCCCUGGAGCUGGUGGCCACUGUGGCCAAGGAGCCUGGCCCCAUAGCACCUUCUACUAACUCCUCGCCAAUCCUGAAAAUGAAGCCCCAGCCCAGCCCCAGCUUCCUGACCCAUUCGCCCACCUGUGACUGCUUGCUCUGUGCCAGCCCUGUCCUCUCCACAGUCUGUCUGCGCUGGGUGUUGGUCACAGCAGGGGUGAGGCUGGCCUUGGGCCAUCAGGCCCAGGGUCUGGAUCUGCUGCAGGUCGUGCUGAAGGGUUGCCCCGCAGCCACUGAGCGCCUCGCCCAAGCUCUGCAAGCUUCCCUGAAUCACAAAGCACCCCCCUCCCCUGUCCCAAGCCUCUUGGAUGAGAUCUUGGCUCAGGCAUACACACAGCUGGCACUGGAGGGGCUGAGCCAGCCAUCAAACAAGAGUCUGGGGAAGGUCUUGGAGUCAGGACUGAAGUUUGUGGCAGCACAGAUACCCCACCUGGAGCCCUGGCGAGCCAGCCUACUCUGGAUUCAGGCCCUUGCAAAGGUGGCUGGCCUCAGCUGCUGCACUACCCAGCUCUUUGCAAGCUCCUGGGGCUGGCAACCACCACUGGUAAAGAAUCCCCCAGGCUCAGAGCCCCCUAAGCCUCGGCACCAAAAGCAUUCUGGACGAGGGCGCCAGCAGGUGGUCUCUGCGACCCCACCCCUCCAUAAUACCUCUCUGAAAGGUCUGGAAGGUGGAGGACCACCCUGUACACCUAAGCCCCCGGGCCGGGUCAGGCAGGCUGGCCCUCGUGUCCCUUUCACCGUGUUUGAGGAAGUCUGCCCUACACAGAGCAAGCCUGAGGUUCCCAAGGCCCCCAGGGUACAACAGAGGAUCCAGACACGCCUCAAGGUGAACUUCAGUGAUGACAGUGACUUGGAAGAUCCUGUCUCACUUGAGGCGUGGCUUGCAGAGGGGCCCCAGAGACGGAGCACUGCUUCCCGGGGCCGGGGCCGGGGCCGAGCUAGGAAGGGCCCGAGCUCGAAGACUGAUGCGGUGGCUGUCCCAGGUAGUGCCCCUGGGCACCCUGGCCUCGGUGGCAGGAGCCGGAGGGCCAAGAAGGUGGCAUCAGGACAUUGUGAGGAGCUGGGCCCCGAGAUCAUGAGGACCAUCCCUGAAGAGGAACUGACUGACAACUGGAUGGAAAUGAGCUUUGAGAUCCUCAGGGGCUCUGAUGGGGAAGACUCAGCCUCAGGUGGGAAGGCACCAGCGGCAGGGCCUGAUACAGCCAUAGAAGAAUGUGAGGUGUUGAGACGGGAUGCCAGCAAAGAGGAGCUGCCCAUCCCGGGCCCAGGCAAGGAGAGAGACAAGGAUCUCGGUCCUUGGCUCCAACUCCCCUCGGCACCUGCAGCCAUUGGUCUCUCUACCCUGGAUUCCAUCUGUGACUCACUGAGCAUCGCUUUCCGUGGGGUCAGUCACUGCCCUCCCAGUGGGCUCUACGCUCACCUCUGCCGCUUCCUGGCCUUGUGCCUGGGCCACCGGGACCCCUCUGCCACUGCCUGCCUCGUCACCGAGUCUGUCUCCAUCACCUCCCGCCACCAGCUGCUCACCCACCUCCACAGGCAGCUCAGCAAGGCCCAGAAGCACCGAGGAUCGCUCGAUAUGAAAGACCAGCUGCAGGGGCUGAGCCUCCAGGAGAGGCUCCAAGACGUCCCCCUGGCCCGCAUCCAGCGCCUCUUUUCCUUCAGGGCUUCAGGAUCUGGCCACUUCCCCCAGCCUGAGAAGAAGAGUUUCCAGGAGCGCCUGGCUCUGAUCCCCAGUGGGGUGACUGUGUGUGUGUUGGCCCUGGCCACCCUCCAGCCUGGAACUGUGGGCAACACCCUCCUGCUGACCCGGCUGGAAAAAGACAGUCCCCCAGUCACUGUGCAGAUCCCCACUGCCCAGAGCGAGCUGCCUCUGAGUUUGGCCCUGAAAGAGUUUGAUGCCAUCCAGAAGGAACAGAAAGAGAACAGCAGCUGUACUGACAAGCGAGAAUGGUGGACAGGGCGGCUCGGACUGGACCACAGGAUGGAGGUUCUCGUCACAUCGCUGGAGAAGGUUGUGUUGGGCUGCUGGAGGGGGCUGUUGCUGCCAUCCAGUGAGGACCCCGGCCCUGCCCAGGAGGCCUCCCGCCUACAGGAGUUGUUGCAGGGAUGUGGCUGGAAAUAUCCUGACCCCACUCUGCUGAAAAUCCUGCUCAGUGCUGCCAGUACUCUCACUGCUCAGGACGUGCAGGCCCUGGCCUGUGGGCUGUGCCCUGCCCAGCCAGAGCGAGCCCACGAGCUCCUGAGUGAGGCCAUAGGGCGUCUACGGGGUCAGGCGGUACCAAGCAAUAGGCACCUUGUCUUAGUGCUAGACAAGGACCUGCAGAAGCUACCAUGGGAGAGCAUGCCCAGCCUCCGGGCACUGUCUGUCACUCGGCUGCCCUCCUUCCGAUUCCUCCUCAGCUACUCCAUCAUCAAAGAGGCUGGGGCCUCAUCGGUGCUGAGCCAAGGGGUGGAUCCGCGCAGUACCUUCUACGUCCUGAACCCUCACAAUAACUUGUCAAACACAGAGGAGCAAUUUCGAGCCCAUUUUAGCAGUGAAGCAGGCUGGAAAGGGGUGGUCGGGGAGGUGCCGAGUCCGGAACAGGUGCAGGCAGCCCUGACAGAGCAUGACUUAUAUAUCUAUGCAGGGCAUGGGGCUGGUGCCCGCUUCCUGGAUGGACAGACUGUCCUGCGGCUGAGCUGCCGAGCAGUGGCCCUCCUGUUUGGCUGCAGCAGUGCAGCCCUGGCUGUGCAUGGAAACCUGGAGGGGGCUGGCAUUGUGCUCAAGUAUAUCAUGGCUGGCUGCCCCCUGUUCCUGGGUAACCUCUGGGAUGUGACUGACCGUGACAUUGACCGCUACACGGAGGCUCUGCUGCAGGGCUGGCUUGGAGCAGGCCCAGGAGCCCCCCUUCUCUACUAUGUCAACCAGGCCCGCCAGGCUCCCCGACUCAAGUAUAUUAUUGGGGCUGCACCUGUAGCCUAUGGCUUGCCCGUCUUCCUGCAGUGAUCCCUUGGAACUGUCCUAUCGCUGAUAGAAGCCAUGUGACUGUUCUACCUCCAAACUUAGAUUUAACCCUUAGGGUAAAUUUUAAGUGAUUUUCCCCAGUGUUUUAUAUGAAACAUUUAACAUUAAUGUAAUAAAGACACAUUAUUUAAAUCUUGUUUUGUGUAAUUCAUUUG